CUUACACAAAUCGCAGUUAAAUCGGGAAUUAGGAAUAAUACACCGCGCCUGUUUUUGACAGUAUAACUUUAAUUUUGAUUUAGCACAGACCCAAAUCUUUCCAGGCCGACGCACUUGUAUAAUUAACUAACCUUUUGGACAAAGUACUGCACCUUUCGCAAUUCUUUACCUUGCCCUAACCUUGGGCGCAACACCACCUGACUGCGGCUGCUUAAUAAAUAACAGAGAGUGGCUCAAGGAGCGAAUUGUAACCUGGUGCACAAAGCAAGCAAGCAAGCAGUGCAGACUGUGUUUGGAGUGAGCGGAACGACGCGUUCAAAUCAAUGGAGCUCGGCGUUGCUAUCAUAAUUCUGUGCUUUGCUGCUGUUUUUGCAGCGUUUCUCUUACUGGUUUUCGGGCUGAUAUACGCGGAGUUUUCCAACUCCGAGAUCCCUGCAGGGGUUGCUCAACCCGAAAAACUGCGCCUGAUCCACGGGCUCUUGGUAGGCAUUGCGGUCCUGGGCCGGAUCUUCCAGAAUAUGGGUCUGUGUACCCAGCUGGGCUUCACGCGCUGGGUCAGCAACGUCCUGUUGCCCACAAGUAAGGUGCCCCCCCAGCUACUGAUCAAAGACCUGACCUUUGCUGGGGUCCCUGUUCGGGUCUACCAGCCCAAGGCGCCCUCCGCUGGCCACCGCAGGGGACUGCUCUAUUUUCACGGUGGAGGAUGGAUGUUAGGAGGCAUUGAUGCCUACGAUGGUUUAUGCAGAUACAUCGCCAUGGAGUCUGAAACUGUGGUGGUCUCGGUUGGGUACCGCCUAUCCCCGGAGCACCGCUACCCAGCACAUCUAGAUGACUGCCUGGCAGCCACUUCUCACUUCCUGGAGGUGGCCGAGGCAGAUUAUGGUGUUGAUCCACGGAAGGUAGCUGUAGGAGGGGAUAGUGCAGGGGGGAACCUGUCGGCUGCACUCUGCCACCGGUUUGUGGAGAAUGACCUGCCUCUGCCCUGUGCUCAGAUCCUGAUAUACCCUGUUCUCCAGAUGGCUGACUUCAACCUGCCCUCAUACCAGCAGAACCAGUACGUGCCUUUGCUUUACAGGGCCCGUAUGGCAUUUUACUACCUACACUAUCUAAAUGGGGACACCUCUUUAUUGGAGGAUGUGCUGGAUGGACGUCACGUCCCAGUGGAACUCGAACUGAAGUACCGGAAGUGGCUGGGUCCAGAUAAUCUCCCCGCAGAGUUCAAAACUCGUGGCUUCACACCGAGAGCUGUAACCGCCCAUGACGAAGAAGUUUAUGAUUUAAUGAAAGGUGCCCUGGAUCCCAGCGUGUCUCCACUGCUUUCUUCGGACAAAGUCCUCUGUAAAAUGCCACCCACUUUCAUCUUGACCUGUGAGUUUGACGUGCUGAGAGAUGAUGGGAUACUUUUCAAGAAGCGUCUGGAGGACCUGGGGGUGCCGGUCACUUGGUGGCACGUCCAGGAUGGUUUCCACGGGAUCGUGAGUUUCUUUGACAAAGGGUGGCUGACCUACCCAUCCGGUAAGCUGGCUCUUGACCACAUUGUCAGCUUCGUGAAGACUCUUUGAUCAGUGCACAGGGAUUCUGUAGUCACUAGAAUAACUGACCCAGUUUGACAUGGGUCAUAAUUCUGGGUUUACCCAAACAAGCCAGAUAUCUGUCUUUCCUUGACCUCAAAUGCAGUUGCCUGACAUGGAUAUAUGUAAUACUGGCUAGAUAAACUAAAGUAUCUUUAUAGAAGCAAGAUCCAGCGCCAUCUAGUGAUCUUUGCUACUUUGCAACCAAGUUUGCUUAAGUUUUUUGCACUGAGUGGGGAUGGUCCUUGCUAAUAUAGAGACACUUUGAAAGAUCUAGCCUUAAAUAUGUCUGGCAUGAACUAGACCUGAUAAGCAGCUCCCAGUCGAAACACAAUAUUUAUAUAAUUGCAAUAAGAACCUCUUAAACAUGAUUUGGCAAACAUCAUUCAAGCUAAGGGGGUAUUAAAAAUUCAAUUUGCAGCUACUUACUCUUAUGAUUUUUAGUCUCCCUAGACUCGGACAUAUUGUGCCCCAAUUUGGGGUUUCUAAUAGCUGCAGACCAGAUGUCAUAGUUGAAGGUGUUGCUUAUUCAAGUAGUGAGUCAGAAAACAGCAAGUGCAGAACUCUGCUUUCCUGACUAGUUUAGGGAGAGCCCUUGACCAGUAAUCAAGAUUCUUUUUGUAAGACAUUAAAAAAAGAAAUAUUAGUAUAUUAUAAUACAAAGAUUCCGAUAUUUUAAUUAAGAGUAUAAUCAAACGGAUCACCUGCUUUCACCCCCAUACUUAAGCCACAUUUCAAAGUACACCAUGAAACCGGUCUGUAAAAACUCAACCUCUCAUUCUGUUAUCAAACUGUGGUAACAGCUUCUUUCAUUUGCAGUGUACAAGCUGCAACCAGUUUGCCAUUACCUUUCUGUAUCACGUUUGUAUAAUUCCUAUUAAUGAAUUAAUUCACCAACCUCCAACAUUUUUCUGACUGUAUAAUAUAUUCAUGGACACCCCCCUGCAAUUGGAGGUUCAAAUCUUGAAAUAAUAUUGCUCUCAGUCUGCUGCUGGUGGAAGUGAACAUGAUGUAUUUCAAGUGAACUUCAUGUCAGCCCUAGUUGCAGAUUGAAAUGUAACAUUAGUGUUGGAAAUAAAGCCUCUUUUUGUGUG